AUGAAAACAAUCGGUAUCUUAGGUGGCAUGUCGGCAUCCUCGACACAAAUUUACUAUCGCGAGCUAUGCAAUCUCAUGAGGGACCGUUUCGGCGGGCUUCACUCACCGGAACUACUUAUCCGCUCCCUCGAUUUCGCUCGAAUCGAAGGCUUACAAACGAAUGGCAAAUGGGACGAGGCUGCGCAGAUUCUCAACAAAGAGGCACAGGCCUUGGAGCGUGGAGGGGCCGGUCUUAUUGUCCUCGCGACAAAUACAAUGCAUAAACUUGCCGAACAAAUGAUGGCGGGUGUUUCCAUUCCCAUGCUUCAUAUUGCCGACGCCACUGCUGCUAGCAUUCAGGGUGAGAAACUUCGGUCCCCGGGUUUAAUGGCAACGGCGUUUACGAUGGAGCAAAGCUUCUAUGUCGACCGGCUGGUUGCGGCUGGCCUCACUCCCAUUAUACCAGACGGCACUGAUCGCGCGUCGACCCAUCGCAUUAUUUAUGAGGAACUCUGUUGCGGAAUCGUUAGAGAGGAGAGCCGGGAGAUUUUUGUUUCUAUUGCCAAUCGUCUGAUCAGUGAAGGGGCUGACUGUUUGAUUCUCGGAUGCACCGAGGUCGGCAUGCUCCUCAAUCGCAACAAUGUGGCUGUGCCUGUGUUCGAUACGACACUGAUACAUUGCCGCGCCGCAUUACAAAUGGCGCUUGAAGGUUGA